UUGGAACGGCGCAUUUGUCUUGUCACUAGGAUCGAGUCCUCGCACUCCACAUGCGUGUUUGACAUUCCUGCCGGGAUAUUUAUUUGCUGGCCCGUGAGAUCGCAAUAUGCAGGCAGUUCCGGAGGCAAAACGGAUGCAGUUAAUGCAGUUCCUCAUCGCCUGUGCACUGCUUGCAGUGGCAAGCACAACGUGCUCAACACGUGUAAGCUUUGAGAUCCAGACGACAUGGGACAGCCUGCCCGUGAACCACACUCCAGUGCGUCUAGUUAUAUAUCAAGAAAAAAAUGGCAGCAUUCCAGUGAACGUGUACGCUCCAUUUUUCAACGACAGUCCUGUUCCUACAGGGCCAGCUGGGCAGCCAUUCUUUAGACUGUGGGAUUACGAAGUUGUGGAGCUGUUCCUUCUUGGCAACAAUGAUCGCUAUCUGGAGAUUGAGCUCUCCCCGUAUGGCCAACAUUUGGUUUUGCUGCUCGAUGGUGAAAAUAAAGCAAUCAAACACUCCUUGCCUCUGAAAUACCGGGCCAUCAUCGACGGGGAUACCUGGCACGGAGAGGCCCUCGUUCCCGUCUCGUACUUACCACCGGUCCCGAGCCGUAUGAAUGCAUAUGCUAUACACGGCUCGGGCGAAGCACGGACCUAUGAAGCUUUAUUUCCAGUGCCUCAUCGUGCCUACGUGAAACCUGACUUUCACAGACUACAGUACUUCUCUCACGUGAUGAUGGAACCAUUAUUCAAGACGGACGUCUCAAACGUAACAGAAGUUUGGCAAAAGGCUUUAGAGGCGUACAAGCAGGGGCAGCAAGGGGACGCAACGGCGUAACUACGGUAAAUCUGAUUCUACGAGAUACGCUGUGAUUACAACGCUGCCGGGGGAAUAAUAAAGGUUUUGGUGGAAC